CAGAACUCUUUUUUAUUAGAGGGAAACUUCAACCAAGAAAAAAAGGCAUCAGGAAUAGAGCCUAGAGCAUAGAAUGAGUGACUGUGGAGAAAUAUUGUGGAGUUAUAUUGACUUUGUGAUUCAUUCAUAGGACAUUUCAGAAACAAUUCCAUUUAGUACUUCUAACAUGCAUUUAAUUAGUACUGUCACAUCAUAAUGCCAUCCUCAUAUAAUACAGAUCUUCACCAUGGGAAGGUAACAAGAAAUUAACAGAGGCCUUGCAAUACAUUUAUCCAGCCUUAUACCGAAAAAAGAAUAGCCUUGAGGUUGAAAACAAUCUUUAGUAUUUACUCUUUCAGAAGCUAAGAUAUUGUCAAUGCAAUAAUGCUUACAUCAUUUAAAAUCAUAUCACACAGAUAUGUGCUCCAAGGGCACCGACUCAAUUCUUGGCUCUUCAGGGACCCCCAGUUAUGCCUGGAUGUCCAAGAGUCAGAACCUCAUCCGCACCCUCCUCCCCAGGCCCGGGUCUUGUCCCAGACCAGGAACUCCCCAACCAGCUCUGGCCUCGCCCCUCAUAAAGGACUGUAUUUCCCAUCCCUGAGCAGAGUCUUGGCUUUCCCUGAAGCCCAGCACCAGCUAGGCUGCAGAAAGGGAAAACAGAGUCAAUGUAUUCAUAGGUUCAGUGGUUCAGUGCCCAAGGAGGCUGUGAUCAGUGGAAGUGCAGAUAGGGACUGACAGAUGCACUGGCCAAUCAGAGCCUCCCUACAGGUCUGCCAGUCAGAAGAGGAGGCAGACUCUUCCGGGGAUCGCGUUAUAGAACCCUUGCACUUGAGCGGAUUUAAGUGAUUUGGAGAGUUGUGCUUUCACCUCAAUUGCUCAGUACUGAGGGAAGCCUACGCAAGCUCUGAAGUUGCAACAUGGCCAGCACAUGCUCACUGCCCACAAAGAAUGCAGUGACAUAUGAGGAUGUGCAUGUGAACUUUACUCGGGAAGAAUGGGCUUUGCUGGAUCCUUCCCAGAAGAGUCUCUACAAGGAUGUGAUGCUGGAGACCUACAGGACCCUCAGAGCUAUAGGCAAUUAUUGGGAUGACCACAGUAAUGAAGAAAAUUCUCAAACUUCUAGAGGAAGUAGAAGGCAUCUUCAAACGGAAGACAGAACUCACACUGGAGAGAAAACCUAUGAAAGUGUGCAAUGUAAUGAAGUGCUUUCGAGUCACAAUCAUCCUCAGAUAUAUAAAGGAAUGCUUACUGGAGCCUUUGUACUUUAUACUGGUCUUCAAAUGCAUAGAAGAACACAAAUCCGGGAUAAACCCUGUGACUGUAACACACUUGGUAAAGCCUGUGCAUGCCACAGCCAUCUGCAAAGCCAUAAAAGAACACAUACUAGAGGGAAGCCCUACAAAUGUGACCACUGUGGUAAAGCCUUUGCAUAUCAUGGUGAUCUUCAAAGGCAUGAAAGAACACAUACUGGAGAGAAGCCCUAUGACUGUAAAGAAUGUGGUAAAGCCUUUUCAUGUCACAGUGGUCUUCAACAGCAUAAAAGAACACAUACUGGAGAGAAGCCCUAUGAAUGUAACCUCUGUGGUAAAGCCUUUGCUCGUCAAAGCAAUCUUCAAAGGCAUGAAAGGACACAUACUGGAGAGAAGCCAAAUGAAUGUAACCACUGUGGUAAAGCCUUUUCACAAUACAGUGGUCUUUUGAGACAUAAAAGAACACAUACUGGAGAGAAGCCCUAUGAAUGUAACCACUGUGGUAAAGCCUUUGUUUGUCAAAGCAAUCUUCAAAGCCAUGAAAGGACACAUACUGGAGAGAAGCCCUAUGAAUGUAACCAAUGUGGCAAAGCCUUUGCUCGUCACAGCAAUCUUCAAAGUCAUGAAAGGACACAUACUGGAGAGAAGCCCUAUGAAUGUAACCAAUGUGGUAAAGCCUUUUCACAAUACAGUGGUCUUUUGAUACAUAAAAGAACACAUACUGGAGAGAAGCCCUAUGAAUGUAACCACUGUGGUAAAGCCUUUGCUUGUCAAAGCAAUCUUCAAAAUCAUGAAAGGACACAUACUGGAGAGAAGCCCUAUGAAUGUAACCAAUGUGGUAAAGCCUUUUCACAAUACAGUAGUCUUUUGAGACAUAAAAGAACACAUACUGGAGAGAAGCCCUAUGAAUGUAACCACUGUGGUAAAGCCUUUGCUUGUCAAAGCCGUCUUCACAGUCAUGAAAGGACAUAUACUGGAGAGAAGCCCUAUGAAUGUAACCACUGUGGUAAAGCCUUUGCUUGUCAAAGCCGUCUUCACAGUCAUGAAAGGACAUAUACUGGAGAGAAGCCCUAUGAAUGUAACCAAUGUGGUAAAGCCUUUACUUAUCACAGCCAUCUUCAAGGGCAUGAAAGUACACAUACUGGAGAGAAGCCCUAUGAAUGUAAACAAUGUGAUAAAACCUUUGCUUGUCAUAGUGGUCUUCAAAGGCAUGAAAAGACACAUACUGGAGAGAAGCCCUAUGAAUGUAACCAAUGUGGUAAAGCCUUUUCACGAUUCAGAAAUCUUUCGAAUCAUAAAAGAACACAUACUGGCGAGAAGCCCUAUGAAUGUGACCAAUGUGGUAAAGCCUUUUCAUAGAAGAAUUGUCUUCAGAUUCAUAAAAUAGCACAUACUAGAGAGAAUCCCUUUGAGUGUAGCCUUAGCUUGUCAUAGCCAUCUUCAAAGCCAUAAAAGAACACAUACUGGAGAGAAGCCCUAUGAAUGUAACCACUGUGGUAAAGCCUUUUCUUGUCAUAGCCAUCUUCAAAGCCAUAAAAGAACACAUACUGGAGAGAAGCCCUAUGAAUGUAACCACUGUGGUAAAGCCUUUUCUUGUCAUAGCCAUCUCAAAGCCAUAAAAGAACACAUACUGGAGAGAAACCUUAUUCGUGUAACUACUGUGGCAAAACAUUUGUAGAAAACACUAAUCUCCAAAAGCAUAAAAAAACCCUACACUGAAAAGACUCUCUAUGUAUGUAACCAAUGUGAUAAAGCCUUUGCUCAUCACAGCUGUCUUCAAAUCCAUGGAAAGACACAUAGAGGAAAUAAACACUAUGCAUGUACCCAGUGUCGUAAAGUGUUUUCACAUAACAGUAAUCUUCCAUACCAUAAAAGACACAUACUGAAUAGAAGCCCUAUGAAUGUAACCAAUGUAGUAAAACCUUUUCACAGAAGAGUUUUCUUCAGUGUCAUAAAAGAACACAUCGUGGAGAGAAGCUCUAUGAAUGUAACCAAUGUUGUAAAGCCUUUGCUCAACACAGCCAUCCUCAAAGCAAUAACCGGACACAUACUGGAGAGAAACACGAUUCAUGUAACCAAUGUGUUAAAGUGUUUUCACAUAACAGUUAUCUUCAGAGUUACUAAAGAACACAUUACUUGACAGAAGUCCCAUGGAUGUAAACAACGUGGUAAAGCCUUUGCACAUGUCGUCUUCAAGGGCAUUAAAAACCUAGAUUGCAGUGAACUCUUAUGAAUGUAGUCAACUUGAUUAAGACUUUGCAUAUCAGAGUCUCCUCCUUUUGCAUGAAAAGGAUCAUUUAGCACAGUGAUAUUGUGUGUUUGUGUGUUUGUGUGUGUGUGUGUGUGUGUUUAUGCUUGUAACUCUUUUGUCUACUCAUCCCAUACUCUUUCUCUAGUUAAUUACUUGCCUAUCUUUGAUAUGAGGAUUUGUUGUUUUUUUAUUGUCAUAUGUUAUGUCUUGUUUAGUUGAUAUCCACAAGAGGCUGCCCUGCUAUUUUUCGAAGAGGAUGGUUGAGGAGUGGAUCUUGGGACCAUGGUAGGUUUGGAAUGUCAUAGAGAAGUGAAGGGGAGGGAAAACAACCCAGGAAUGAAACCUUCAGCCUAUAAAGUUUCCUGCUUGCAAGGUGUACUGUGUCAAUACUAGCACAGAACUUGUGGUAGUAACCAAAUAUAGUGGUUUAAUUGGAUGCACAUGAAACAAGAAGGAGCCUGUAACUGAC